CAGAAAUUUAAAAAAUUAAUAUUUUGACUUCUCAAUGAUAAUGCAAAAUUGAUUUUUCGUCAAUAUCUUAACUUCAACGUCUUACGCACAGUGAAAUAUAUUGAAUCCAAUUAUAAACAACUUUACAUAUCUGUAUAAAAGAAAGAUUACGUGUAUGUAAAAAUUAUAUUGCAGAUAUACAUCCUUGUAACUUACGCUCUUACGAAAUAAAAAGUCGUGCUCAAACACGUGAUUAGAUAAAAUAAGUCUCCUCUGAUGAAGUAGAUUCAAGUACUUGUUAUUCCUUUAGUUACAUUCUGUAAUAAACUACAUAUACAGUCCUUAUUUAAAGUUUUAAAAGAAGGAUUGGUUAAAAAUUUCGCGGAUGUUGAAGUAGAAAUUGUUGAUUGCCCAGAUUUGACCCAAGAACCUUUCACACUUGCUGCAGCAGGUUUAGGUGGCAAUUCGACAUUGUUGGAAAUUGGUGGUCCAUCAUUUCUUCUUCCUACUGUGCAAAAAGAUAAAUUAUAUGACAUCCAACAACUUUUGAAUCACUUAAAAUACAAAAAAGAUUCUUUUAUUAUUGGAGCAGGAGCUGGCCCAUGGCCAUAUCUAAAUUCCAAUUGCGAGCUUGUAAUGAACUUGAUUGUUUCAUCAUCCAAUGUACAAAACGGAACUCGUAUUUCAUCUGUCAAUACAGCAAAUGGGAACUGCGUGCUUCAAACAUUACCUGACAAUGAAACAAGACUUGCUUUAUUAGCUAAUUUAUUUGUUACUGAAGGAAAACCAGGAAAAGUUGUAAAAGUGCAUGCUAAAAAACGUACUGGAAAUAAUGAUUUUAUUGCAUCUAUGCAAAAAGCAGUUGCUCAACAUUAUCCAAAUAAUCUUGUUGGAUUAGGAGGAACAUUUUUAAUGAAAAAUGGAAAAAUUAAACAACACGUUAUGGCUGAUUUCUCAGAAACUCCAUUAAAUACUGAAACACAACUUAAUAACUGGUUGCAUUUUUAUAAUAUGUCAACACCUUUAAUAGCUGUUGGUACAUUCGUCAGUUCUGAAAGUGAUCUAGAUCUUCGUAUUCAGCACUUCCACAGCUUUUCCCACCAUGGAGAGGGUGGUCAUUAUCAUAUUGAUACAACACCAGAAACUAUAGAAUAUCUGGGUUAUUUCAACUUGGGUACUACACUUUAUCGUGUAGAUAAACCACUAACUGGUAUUCAGUUUGGAAAGGAUUAAUUUUCGUUACAUAAUUAUAUAUGCAUUUUAUCCAAAUAAAAGUAAUGCAUAAAUGUUUAUAAUAUUAUAAUAAACAUGUAAAUAUAUAUUUUAAAGAAAAAAUAUAUUUUUCAAGCUAUUUCACUAAUAUAAUAAAAAUUGUUGUUGAAGUAAAAUUAAAAUGUGUGAAUAUAUCUACAGGCUACAUAAAUGUCAUAACGUACUGAAUGUACAAUUAACAAAAAAUCUAAAUUUUGAUUAUUUAUAUUAAGUUACAUAAUUAUGCAUAGACGUACUUGUUCCAGGUAUAUUAAUGAAUACAUUAAUUUUGAAAGCUAUAAAAUACACAUAGAAUGGAUCAUAUCAGUUUUGCAACAAAUUGCAUUUUGUUAACAUUUUUCUACUGUCUUACAUUUAGACGAAUCUCAAUCCGAUCGUUACAGUUUCCAAAUCUUCCUACCGUAUUAAUCCGUAAUAAGCUGUUUGACGUGCAAAGCUGUAUGUUAAUUUUAUCAGACAGCAGAUGUAUUAGAUGUGGUAAACGGUAGUAUACCGCAAAUGUCUCGUUCAGUAUAAUCGUGUAUCGUAACUGUAAAGUAGCCAAAUGAUGAAAUUCAGCAUUGAAUCUACUGCUUCUUAUAAUAGUAUCCAUCCAGCAUAUCAUUAUACUGAACAAUUUGCCAAUAAUGCUGAAACAUAUCAAGAGGGUACCAAAUGGUAUGGAGUGUUUUUGGCAUUUUUAUCAGGUACAUUUUUUACAAUUAGUUCUGCAUUAGUUAAAGCAGUAGAAAACGUACAUCCUAUGGUAUUACUGGCUAUCAGAUCUGUUCUACAAAUGUUAGUUAUGACUGCUGUAGCAUUUAAAGUUUCUAAAAAUGUUUUUGGACCCAAAGGACAAAGAAUGCUUUUACAUUUACAAGGAAUAGUAGGUGGUGCAACUCUAUCAUUAUUAUAUUAUAGUUUUCGAAAAUUACCUAUAGGAGAUGCUACAACAAUCAUAUUUAGUUCUCCAGUGAUUGUUAUUGCAUUAUCUUUCAUUUUGUUGAAAGAACCUUGUGGAAUAUUACGUGUGAUAGUCAUGUGUGCACUCUUUGCAGGUGUCGUUUUUGUAUCUAAACCACCGUUUCUAUUUCAGAUGCACAGAACUGAACCAUACAAUGUGAUGGGAUAUGUAUGCGCUAUCUUGGCAACCCUUUUUACAGCUCUUAAUAUAGUUAUUAUGAGAAAGUGUUCAGAAAUCCAUUAUUCAACAAUAAUCUUCAACCUAUCUUGGUAUUCACUUGUUACAGCAAUAUUUUUCUUCUUCUUCAUAUCAGAUAAUCACGAACAAAAAUCAAAGUUGCCACAUGAUUGGAUUACCUGGAGUAAAAUAUUGUUAGUAGCACUAACUGGAUUAUCAGGUCAAAUUUUAGUAACUAAUGCAUUAAAGAUAGAAGGUGCUGGAAAAGUAUCAGUGACUAGAUCUUUAGAUAUUAUUUUGGCUUAUAUUGUACAAAUAUAUUUUUUUGGAGAUCAGCCUACAUCAACCAGUAUCAUUGGAGCAUUUCUAAUCAUAGUUUCUGUUAUAUGUAUGGGAUUUGAGAAAGAAAUUUAUAAUGUUUGUGAUUUUAUUCCCUAAUUAAAGAUACAGUACCUUAAAUUAUUUACUUGUUCUUAGCAUAAACAUAGAUAAUAUUAUACAUAUUUUUAUGAAUGGUGAAAACAUUAUUAUACUACUAUUUAGCUUAUUGAGUUUCAUAAUAUAAAGUUUUAAGAUUUUAUACAAUAUAAUGUUGAAUUAUAUAUAACUACUAUUCAUUUACAUAAUUUUUUUAGUCGCAUAAAUUUAUCUCACACAAAUUCUCAUUUGAAAUAAAAACGAAAGUAUCAAGUAUUUAAGAGUGUAAUUUAACAAACUGACUCUUUCGAAUCUAUACGUUUUUUCCAAACUUUAUCAUUAAAUAGAUAUGACAUAAUUUUUAAAGUAUACAAAUGAAUAUAUAUAUUUACAAUUGUACACACAUUAUUAUCAUAUGUACUUCGAAUUAUCCGUAACUUUGUGCGGACAUAAUUAACUGUAUCUUUAUAAUUGUUGGUUUAUUAAAAAAAAAAUAUAUAUAUAU